AAGAUCGAGUGUUAUAAUGGAAGUGAUGGGGAAUGAAGAUAAGUACACCAAAGACGGGACGUCGGACUUCCGUAACAAUCCUGCAAACAAGAACAAAACUGGAGCCUGGAAGGCCUCCCCCUUUAUUCUUGGAAACCAAUGUUGCGAAAGAUUAGCCUUCUAUGGAAUGAGCUCCAAUCUGCUUCUUUAUUACACUACACAACUGAAUCAACACAGUGCUACUGCUUCAAAGAAUCUCUCCAACUGGUUGGGAACUUGCUACGUCUUGCCAUUGUUUGGCGCAUUUCUUGCUGACGCGUAUCUAGGGAGAUACUGGACCAUUGCCGGAUUUUCUGUCAUCUACGUUCUUGGGAUGACGCUGUUGACGUUAUCAGCCUCCGUUCCGGGCCUGAGGCCGAGGUGCUACAAAAAAGUUGAAUGCUAUGAGACAGAUUCUCAAACUGCAGUCUUUUCCUUGGCGCUGUACUUGGUGGCACUAGGAUCUGGUGGCAUGAAGCCUUGUGUUUCGUCGUAUGGGGCAGAUCAAUUUGAUGAUGGCGAUGAGGUCGAGAAGGGCCAAAAGAGUUCAUUCUUCAAUUGGUUCUAUUUUUCAACCAAUAUUGGUGUGUUGAUUGGCUGUUCAAUCCCCGUGUUGAUACAAGUGAACAUCGGGUGGGGAUGGGGAUUUGGUGUGUCGGCUGUGGCAAUGGCGAUUGCCGUAGCGUUUUUCAUUUCAGGUUCACGAGUAUAUCGGUACCAAAAUCCUGGCGGCAACCCUCUCACCCGUCUUUGCCAGGUGCUGGUGGCUUCCUUGAGAAAGUAUCGAGUUGAAGUGCCUGGUGACAAGUCUAUUCUGUACGAGACUGCUGAUGCCGAGUCUGCAAUAGUAGGCAGCCGCAAACUUGACCAUACGAAUCAAUUCCGUUUCCUAGACAAGGCAGCAGUGGAGAAAGCGUCAGAUCAUAGCAAUGGCUCAGUAAACCCAUGGCGGCUCUGCACCGUCUCACAAGUUGAGGAGCUGAAAUGGAUCAUACGCCUGUUGCCGGUGUUGGCAACUGGAAUCAUCUUCAACACCGUUUUUGGACAAAUGAGCAACCUGUUCUUGCUGCAAGCUGAGUACAUGGACGCGCGAUUAGGCCUGUCCAACUUCAAAAUCCCGAUAGCAUCACUCGCCAUUUUCAAUUCCAUAAGUGUCAUUUUCUGGGUACCCGUCUACGAUCGUUUCAUCAUCCCAAUGACAAGAAAAUUCACAGGCCACAAGAAAGGCCUGACUCAGCUGCAGCGCAUUGGGACCGGCCUAUUCAUAUCGGUCUUUGGCAUGAUAUCAGCCGGGAUUUUGGAGAUGCUUCGCCUAGGGACAGUAAGACGGCAUAGUAGCUAUAAGGUGAUGGAGGCGCCUAUCUCCGUAUUCUGGCAAGUUCCUCAGCACGUCAUCGUAGGUUGUGCAGAAGUUUUCACAAACAUUGGACAAAUGGAAUUCUUCUACGAGCAAGCGCCGGAUUCAAUGAGAAGUUUGUGUGCAGCGCUGUCUCUCACGACAAUUGCACUUGGGAACUAUUUAAGUUCUUUGAUCGUGGCAAUUGUGAUGGCUAUCAGUACUAGAGAUGGGAGGCCUGGAUGGAUACCUGACAACUUAAACUAUGGCCAUCUUCAUUAUUUCUUCUUGCUUUUGGCGGGGCUGAGUGUGCUCAACUUGGGAGUUUUCAUUGUGGUGGCAAAGAGGUAUUCUUACAACAAACGGUAGGGACUUUGCGCUGAUUGCUGGAGAGUUUGUCAUUGCAAGAAAACCUCGUCUUUGUAAAUAUAAUAUGUGUGAACUAUGGAAAAUCGCAUUUUUGGUCGCAUAUGUUA